AGGAUCUCAAUAACUAAGGAAACAUGAAGGUCUUGGCUUUAGUUAUCCUUGCUUUAGGCUCAGCAGCAGCCCGCGGUUCUGGACCCUAUUUGCCGAGUGGUUGGAGACCUGAUGGACCAGCUUUCUUCCUUCCAGCUGAACAGAAACCAGCAGAGAAUCCGCUAAAAGACGUCAUCCUCCAAGGAUCAGAAGCAUCAGGCUCCGAAGCAUUACGCGAAUACGGUCCACCAAAGGUCGCUGAGUUAUCCCAGGAUCUCAUUAAACAAAGCCUCCCUGAUGUGGCUAUUGAACAAGACUUCAAUGAAAUCAAACAGGAACAAGAGAACUACGAAAUUAAACAGGAUGUAACUGCUGCUGCUGUUGAAGAAUCUGUGAAUUUAAAUGAAGCUGCAGUAGUCGCGUCCGUUGAGGAAGCUGUUACUGAAUCUCAAGAACAAGCAACUACUUUAGAAGCUGUUGUUCCAAUAAUCAUCGUGGAACCGACCAGUGAGGUCCAAUCUGUUACUGAAUUGGAAGUCACUGAUAACGUAGAAGCAUCAACCAGUUCUAACGUUCACGACUCUGACGGUUCAGCCAAUUCUAUUCAAAGCAUCAGCCAAGAAUUCAUUGUGAACAGUGAAACAGAGAGCCCAGUUACUGAAGCUAGCUUUCCUAUUAUUGAAGUUGACUCAGCACAAAAAUUCGAACAAGUCAUUGAAGCAGAAGUACAGAAAUUGGAGCAGGUGGUAGCUGAAGUACAAGAGGUCGAGCAGGAGGUGAAAAGCGUUGAACAAUCAGCACAAAACAUUCCUGAUGCUUUAGCUUACUUGGAGAAUGGAAUUCAACAGGUGGAGUUAGCGCAAGCUCAGGUUGACGCAGCCAUUUUGGAAAAUUCUGGGUAA